CAGCUGCUGUGUGAUGGGAAGAGGAAGGGCUGGUUCGAAGGGAAGCAGGAGGGCAUCAGGGUCCAGAAGAAUCCAGGCUUCAGAGGGUGGUGUGUCUUCUACAGAGCUGCACAGAGGAUGGGGCCAGUUUGGCUGUGGCUGCUGGCUAUCUAUUGUCAGCCAUUUCCUGCCCAUGGAGAUAAGAGUCUGGGGGUGCCUCAACCCCACAACCACCAGCUUCUAGAGCCAGCCCCUGCCUACCACAAGGUCACACCCACCAUUACUAGUUUUGCUUUGCGUCUGUACAAGCAACUGGCAGAGGGUGCACCAGGAAACAUCCUUUUCUCCCCAGUGAGCCUCUCUAGCAUGCUGGCCCUGCUCGCUCUUGGGGCACAUGCUGACACCCCAACUCAGAUCCUGAAGGGCCUGGGCUUCAACCUCACAGAGACCCCAGCGGCAGACAUCCACCAGGGCUUUCGGAGUCUCCUGCACACACUUGGUCUGCCCAGCCCCAAACUGGAACUUAAAGUGGGGCACUCCCUGUUCUUAGACCAACUGCUGAAGCCUCAGCAGCACUUUCUAGACAGUGCCAAGGAGCUGUAUGGAGCACUGGCUUUUUCCGCCAACUUCACAGAUGCCGCUGCCACUGGACGGCAGAUCAACGACCUGGUGAAGAGGCAGACAUAUGGACGGGUUGAGGACUGCCUCCCAAGGCUCAGCCAUGACACACUCAUGGUUCUUCUGAACUACAUCUUCUUCAAAGCCAAGUGGAAGCAUCCUUUCGAUCGCUACCAGACCCGGAAGCAGGAGAGCUUCUUUGUGGACCAGAGGACCUCGCUCCAGGUUCCCAUGAUGCAACAGAGGGAAAUGCACAGGUUCCUGUAUGACCAGGAGGCUUCAUGCAUGGUCCUCCAGAUAGAGUACAGUGGCACAGCCCUGCUCUUGCUGGUCCUCCCUGACCCCGGGAAAAUGAGACAGGUGGAGGCCACCCUGCAGCCAGAGAUGCUGAGAAGAUGGGGCCAGCGGUUCCUGCCCAGGUGGGUGCCUACACACAA